UGCCGGUUCCGGCGCUCUGGCAUGUCUUGGCAUGGACGCACAACAUCGAGCUAUGGUCUCCCCCACUCUCUUUAAGCGCAGCGGAGAUCUUGUCGACGUACAGUCCUCACUUACCUCGCCGCCCUCACUCCUACUCUCGACACACAUGCAGGACCAUAGCAUCCAGUAAUGACAGAACCCCGCCACAGUCUCCAUGAAGGAGAAACGGACAGCCCUCCCAUCACCGAGAAGACGCCCGCGAGGCGCUCCUGGCGGCGCUCUCGCCGCAAGGCCAAAGCGGAGGCCGUCGACGUCCCGGACGAGAAGAAGGAAGACUUCAUCAAACCCGUCGGCCUCACCACCCUCUUCCGCUUCGCCACCCGGGUAGAGCUGGCGCUGAAUGGCGUCGGUCUGCUGCUCGCCGUAGGGGCUGGCGCCGCCCAACCGCUGAUGACCCUCUUCUUUGGCGAGAUCACAAAGGCGUUCACACAGUACGGCAUGAUCGUGCUGCAGAUCAGCAUGGGCGACACCUCCGGCGACACAGCCUCUGCGCUGUCCGAAGCCAGGCGCCACCUCAAACACGAGGCGGGCAGGAUGGCCCUUUGGCUCACCCUCAUCGGCAUUGGUAAUUUCACGUGCACGUAUCUAUACAUGCUCAUCUAUAACUGGACGUCGGAGCGUCAGGCCCGCCGCAUUCGUGAGAAGUACCUCCACGCCGUGUUGCGCCAGGAAGUCGAUGUGCUGGAUAACAUCGGCGCGGGCGAGAUUGCAUCGCGUAUUCAAUCCGACACGCUGCUUGUCCAGAUCGGCAUCGGCGAGAAGAUCCCUAUUGCGUCCGGGUACAUUUCCACAUUCAUUACUGGCUAUGUGCUUGCCUACGUUCGGUCGCCACGUAUGGGCGGCGUCCUGACUUCAGUCCUUCCAGCCAUCAUGAUUGCUGGCCUCGCCAUGGAUCUUGCGCUGUCAAAAUACACUGCGCAGACCCUCCACUACACAGGCAAGGCGUCUUCGCUCGCCGAGGAGGCAAUCUCGUCGAUACGCACCGUUCAAGCGUUUGCCAGCGCCAAACUGCUUGGAGAGCGGUUCGACGCCCUCAUCGAGAAGACGCGCAAAAUCGGCAACAAGAAUGCGAUCAUUGACGGGACGGGCGUCGGGGUCAUGUUCUUCGCCGUGUACGCGGCAUAUGCGCUUGCAUUCUACUACGGCGGCGUCCUCUACGCCCAGGGCAAGGCCGACGUGAGCGUCAUUAUCAACGUCCUCCUCGCCAUCAUUAUUGGCUCGUUCACCCUCGCCAUGAUCACGCCCGAGCUCCAGGCCGUCGCAAAGGGACAGGCGGCGGCCGCGAAGCUCUUCCAGACCAUUGACUCGGUGCCUAUCAUCGACUCGGCGUCAGACGAUGGGCUCCGUCUUCCGCCCAAUACCGUCCUCGGUCAUCUCGCCCUCGAAAAUGUAAGCUUUCGCUAUCCGUCGCGUCCGGACAUCCCCAUCUUCGCCGACCUCUCACUCUCCUUCGACGCCAAUAAGACGUACGCGCUUGUCGGCGCAUCGGGGAGCGGCAAGUCUACCGUUAUCCAGCUCCUUGAGCGCUUCUACGAUCCCCUCGAGGGCCGCGUCACGUUCGAUGGCCACGACCUGCGCUCCCUCAACGUCGGGUGGCUCCGGCAGCAAAUGGGUCUAGUGAGCCAAGAGCCCACUCUGUUCUCGACAUCGGUGCGCAGUAACAUCGAGUUCGGUCUCGUCGGCUCUUCGUUUGAGGAUGCCUCUGACGAGGAGCGCUUCGAGCUGGUCAAGCAAGCGUGCAUCACAGCCAAUGCACAUGACUUCGUCUCGCAGCUGCCGCUAGGCUACGAUACCCAGGUUGGUGAGCGCGGCAUGCUUCUAUCUGGCGGGCAGAAGCAGCGGAUUGCCAUCGCGCGCGCAAUUAUUGGGAACCCACGCAUCCUGUUGCUCGACGAGGCGACGUCGGCUUUGGACGCCAACUCGGAGCGCGUCGUCCAAGACGCACUGGACAAAGCCUCACGAGGCCGCACGACCAUCGUCAUAGCGCACCGCUUGUCGACGAUUAAGGAUUCCGACUGCAUCCUUGUCAUGGGCAGUGGCGGCAUACUUGAGAGUGGGACGCACGAGGAGCUGAUCGCUGCGCAGGGCGUGUACGCCCAGCUUGUCAUCAACCAGAAGGUAGCGCUGGCCACUGCUGCUUCUGCCACCACUGAGGGGACGCCAGCUCUGGACACCCCCGGUUCUGACAAGCGCGUCGGCGGUCCAACCCAUGCCGAACUGAAGCGUGCAAAUAGCACCCUGACAACCUCCGAGCACAAGGACGGCAAGGAGAAGAGAGUCGGCUUCGCGCCCUUAUUCAUCCGCCUCGUCCAGCUCGGGAGGCAGCACUGGCCGUGGUACUUCGUCGGCUUGGUCGGCUCGAUCGCCGUCGGUGUGUCGUACCCCGCCGUGGCUAUCCUUUUUGGCAAGUCGAUCGCAGCCUUUGAGAACCCCGACCGGCAAGAAGUCAAGAGGAGCCUCUCAGAGAAGGCGCUGUGGUACUUCAUCGCCGCACUCGGCUCGGGAAUUGUUUGCUGGUUCCAGAUGACGCCGUUCUCCCAGAUGGGUUGGAACACGGCAGCGGCACUGCGUACCAAGGCGUUUCGAGCCAUCAUGCGCCACGACGUCGAGUGGUUUGACCGCAACGAAGCGGGGUCGGUCACUGCGAGCCUUGCGGAAGAUCCACAGAAGGUACAAGGUCUUUUUGGGAUGACGCUCGGCCAAAUCUUGGCUUCGUUCGCUACCAUCGGGGCUGGUGUCAUCAUUGGUCUCGUAUAUGCGCCGCUUCUUGCCGCCGUCGGAAUUGCCUCCAUCCCCCUCAUCUUCACAUCUGGCUACGUCCGCCUACGUGUCGUCGAGCUCAAAGAUCAGCGCGCGAAGAAAACGUACUCUACCAGCACACAGCUGGCGACUGAGGCCGCGGGGUCGAUCCGCACCGUGGCCUCGCUCACGCGAGAGAAGCUCAUUGUGGCCGAGUACUCACAGGCGCUCGACGCGGCGGAAAAAAUCUCGAUUCGCGCGGCGUGGAAAUCCCAGGCGCUUUAUGCCGCGUCGCAGGCCAUUGCCUUCUUCAUCAUCGCGCUCGUAUUCUAUAUCGGUGCGCUCUGGCUCGCGGAGGGUCGCUACUCGACGGAGAAGUUUUUCAUCUGUCUCGAGGCAGUCAUCUUCUCGGCCAUUCAGGCGGGCAGCAUGUUCAUGUUUGUGCCCGACGCGUCGCGUGCCGCCACAGCAUCCCGCAACCUGUUCAAGCUGUUCAACAACAAGCCCGAGAUCGAUGCGUUCUCGCCUGAAGGCACCGUGCUAGACCCUGCCGCGGUCGGCGGUGAGAUCAGGUUCAACAACGUGACGUUCCGCUACCCCUCGCGCCCGGACGUGAGAGUGCUCAAGGAGCUGAGCUUCGAAAUUCCGAGCGGGAAGUACGUCGCGCUGGUGGGCCCAUCAGGCUGUGGCAAGUCGACGACCGUGCAGCUCAUUGAGCGAUUCUACGACCCCCUCUCGGGGUCCAUCACCCUCGAUGGCGUGGACAUCCGCAAUCUGAACGUCGCGUCGUAUCGCUCUGCCAUUGCCCUCGUCUCGCAAGAGCCGACGCUGUACACCGGCUCGAUCCGCUUCAAUAUCCUCCUGGGCGCGCUCGACGCCGAUGCCGUAACGGACGCGCAGAUGGCCCAGGCAUGCCGCGACGCCAACAUCGCCGACUUCGUGGCUUCCCUCCCCGCAGGUCUUGACACCGAGGUGGGCGGCAAGGGCGUGCAACUCUCCGGCGGGCAGAAGCAGCGCGUGGCGCUCGCGCGCGCGCUCAUCCGCAACCCGCGCGUACUGCUGCUCGACGAGGCGACCGCGGCGCUCGACUCGGCAUCUGAGCGUGUCGUACAAGAUGCGCUGGACAACGCCGCCACCGGCCGUUCCGUCCUCGCCAUCGCGCACCGCCUCUCGACGAUUCAGCGCGCCGAUAUAAUUUACUACCUCGCCGAGGGACGCGUGGCGGAGAAGGGCACGCACCAGGAGCUUCUGGCUCGGCGAGGCGCGUACUUCGACCUCGUGCAGAAGCAGACGCUCACCCAGACGUAAUUACCCACCACUCACAGCGCCUUUCCAUGCUCAAACCAACUACUGUAUUGUAAUCUCACCUCUCAGCGAGCUUGUAUCACCACUCCACACUCAUAGAAAUGCAUGCGAUAGCGUUACCGUCCAC